GAGGCAGUGGUGUACACCUACCCCUCGUCCUGCUGCCGACCAGAGGGGAGUGGAGUCGGCAGAGGCAGGUAGCAGCCCCGGCUUGGUGGACGCAUCCGUCGCAUUCCUCCACCACCAUGCCGGACCCGGGGCAAGAAGCAAGGAGUGGAUGCUGUCGGCUCAUUCAAUCUAUUAGACAGGGGCAGCUCCAUUUAACUCCGCAUGUCAAAGUUUGCAUUUUCAUUACGCAGCAGUGUGGCUGGAUUAUAGGUGUGAGCAGGAUGCCUUAAGCUCGCUAACCUAUGCCACUCACUGGUGAAUCCACAGUAUAUUGAGGCUGACUACAUGGAGUAAUAGAUUCUAGUGGAUACACACAAAUCAUGGGAGACCUGGAGUGUGGCUUUGAGGAAAUGCAAGGAGUGAGGCUGGGAUACCUGCUCAUCCAAGGCAAGCAAAUGUUUGCUUUGUCCCAGGUCUUCACCGACCUGCUGAAGAACAUCCCUCGGACCACGGUGCACAAGCGCAUGGACUACCUGAAAGUGAAGAAGCACCAGUGCGACCUGGAAGAGCUACGGAAGCUCAAAGCAAUAAACUCUAUAGCUUUCCACGCCGCCAAAUGCACUCUCAUAUCGCGGGAGGACGUGGAGGCUCUGUAUUUCUCCUGCAAGACGGAGCGGGUGUUGAAGUCCAACAAAAGGAAAGCGAAAGCGGCGUGCUCCCCCGGGGAUGAGGACGAGUCCUCGGGGUUCCUCCGUGCUGACGGCGAGCUGUGGAGGGAAAAAGUUUGGUUUAGUUUGCAGCACGGCGUCCCGGAGACUCUCACACUCCACGGCAAAGUGGGCAGGAAGAAGGAGCUGACUCCUUGCCUUACCGACUCCAAACUACCUCAGUUUUAUCACAAAACGCACGGGCGGGAUUGCCGUUCGGCGACCAAGUCCAGUUACAAACACUUUAAAAACUAUGAAACAGCGAAAAUAACAGGGAACCGCGUCACUUUGAGCCAAAGGCACUCGUUUUUCCGGAGCGCGGUGAGCCGGCAGCCGGUGGUGCUUCAGUCCGCCAUAGCUGCUCAGUCCAGGCUCUCUCGCUCAGCCGGCGACCUACUUCACAAAAGGAAGAGGAGGCGCGAGGGGGGCGGCGGGAGGGACAGCGCGAGGCACUCGUGGAGCAGAAGCAGGCACGCGCACCACCACGCACCGCCGGUGCUGCUCGUGCAACCCAAAUCGUCUGGAAGUCACGGGACUUCUUUCGGUGCUUUUCACCUCGGUCCAGAUUUUUAUCUCGACCCCCGACCCCACCACCAUCACCACCACCAACAUCAUCAUCAUCACCACCACCACCACCACGAGCCAACUUUCCCGGAGAGUUACAGCAGCGACACCGAGUCCAGCACCUACUCGGAACGGGCUUACCCCGACUGGGACCUCGGCUCUGGCUUUUCCACCAGCAGCAACUCCGCCAGUUCGGAAGAAGAAGAGGACGGCGAGGAAGAAGAUGACACUCAGUCGGAGAGUUCAGAGGUCAGCUCAGAGGAGGAGGAGGAGGAAGAGAGCUCCUCUCAGUCCGACUCCAGCUCAGUUUCGAGCCGUGUUUCGGUUCAGAGCAUCCGAUUCAGACGGGCGCGGGUCGGAUCGCUUGCCAAAAGUCUCAACACCAGCAAAGCACCUUUGGUCCUGCAGCCUACGUUUCACUACAACAACCCAGUGCAGCACGAAAAAGAGCACAAGACCCUCGGACAUGUUGCUGCUUCGCAAUCACGGGACAGGAGACAGGACAAACUUCAGAAAUGUGAAUUCACAUGCAGAGAGACAGAGCAGGACUCGGGACCCUCGCAGCCCCAAAACUUUAACUCAGCUUCUGUGGGGGAGAGCUUUUUCAGCGAGUCUAAAAGGGAAAAUCUGAACCAGGCCGACACUGUGGAUGAGCUCAUCACAUAUUCACUGGGACCCAAUCGGAAUAAGGCCUCUCACCCUUCACGCAGGACACAGGGGCAUCCCAUCAAAUGCCCCCCGGGACUGAGGGCUCAGUAUGACCACAGUAAAGAGGCCAAGCAGACCCAGAAAUUUGUGGACAGGAGGGAUGCGAAAGCGAUCGCCAGCCCAAGUCUGCCCACUGCACUGAAAAAAAUAAAGACCGAGUCAGAGGAGCCCUCUGUGACCGCCACCUCCUCUUCGGACAGGACAGCCAGGACGCCGCCGUUCAGUCUCCACAAUGUGAAAGUUAAAGUGGAGGAUAGCUGUGAUGAGUAUGAAUACCAGAGCCAGGCCACUGUAGCUAAAUGCAAAGGAGAUAAAACAGAGAGCAACAAUGGCCACUAUCCCAGCGGAGCCAUAAAACAAGGAGAUUUUUCCAACAGUGGGAUUAAAGCCACAGAGAAGAGCCCCGAUGUGGCCCUCAGGUCCCCCUGUGGUCCUCAGGAAUGCAGAAGUAGUCAAGACGCCCCGUGUAUCGAGGAGGGGGAGCACAGGCACAAAAACUGCAGGGCUCCGGUGCAGGGGAGUAAGAAACCCAGAGUUUCCAGGACGCAAACAAAACCAAACCUAUCCAGGGUCCACAAGGCUGCCUCUUCUUCUUCGUCGUCGUCCUCCUCCUCUUCUUCUUAUUCUUCUUGUUCUCGUCCCGUGGGGCGCGAGGAGGCAUCCACGGAGGAUUUACCGAGCAGACGCAAACGCAGCAACGUGAACACUGUAGCAUCGCCGGCAAAAAUGCCUUUCAGCCUAAUGGCAAAUUUCCCAUCCCCGCCGUCGCUGAUUGUUGGCAGCGACGGGGAUUUGUGCCCCGCUUACUCCCUGAACUCGCUGAGGGGCCCCGGGCCUCCCCCUCCGUCCCACCCCGUGUGGAGGUGGCAGCCAGGCGGCCAGAUUCUCCCUCCCCCACACGUUCACAGAACUAGGAAAUAGACGGCGGAGCUGUUUUUUAAAGCAAAAAAAAAAGCCCUGAAAAAGCCCUCACCAUUUCCAACCCAAACGUAGCCCGAGUCUUAACCUGUGCGCACCGAAAUGCUCGCAACUUUAUCGGUGUUGUUUCUUUUCUGUCCCCCCUUUUCUCUCCUGAGAAUGGAUUUACAUUCCGCUUUGUUUUCAAGCUCGAUCGAGGAAAACCCACAAGAUUCCCCCCUUUUCGGAGCCGCUGAAAACGCCCACAGGACUGUGAGACACCGCUCGUGGAUAUAAGAUUUAAAAAAAAACUUGUGUUAAAAUAAGCUAUCCUAAGCAAUAUCUAUUCUCAAUGGUGUGUUCACGCGACUCUGUGUGUGUGUGUGUGUGUGUGUGUGUGUGUGUGUGUGUGUGUGUGUGUGUGUGUGUGUGUGUGUGUGUGUGUGAACUCGAAUGUUUCUUGUUCGCUUUUCUAAUUUGCUCGACCUGUUGGAUUGUAUAGUGCCGGGUUUCAGUGGUUUGUGCUUUGUCUGAAAGAAGGAAGGGGGGGUAAAAAAAAUCACAGCAUUCCUUGGGACGAGGCUACUUUAAAAAAGAAAAAAAAACUUGCUAGGAUUGAGGAGUAAACUUGACUGAGCAAAUCAUAAAAUAAUAAUAAUUAUAAUAAUAUAAAAAUCAGGGUUUCCCAUUCUGUGCCACUUGGCAUAUUUUAUAUAUAUCAGCGCUGUCUUUCCUCUGGCGUGCUAACCAGCUUGGCCACAAACAUCCAUGUGCCCAAAUAUUCAGUUUCAGACAUGUAUACAAGAAAAGCUCAGUUAAUGUCUGGUCAUAUGCUCACGGUUAAGCCUUUAUUAGAUUUGACAUAAAUUUAUUCUCGGUGGUUGUGGGAUUUCUUUUAUUAUUAUUGUUGUUGGUGUUAUUAUUUAAAAUGAUUAUUUUUCUAAGGGUGGUUGUAUUCUGGUUUUCAGUCAUGUUUUUAUUUCUGCGGACUAUUUCCUGGUUUGCAAGCGUGUGACUGCACAUACGCAGGCCCAAACACAACGCGGGCCUUGUAUACAGACAAUCAAAAAAAAAAAAAAAAAAACAGAAAGAAUUUUUUUUGAAUGAAUAAGCCUCCUUUAUGAGGUCUCACGACAGACUCGACAGAUUUGUGUCCCUCUAGGUCCAUGUGGCCUCGGCUUCCUCUGGACGCAAUAAGAAGUUGUGCCGGGGAGAGUGUGCGCGUGGUGAACAUGUAAAUAAUUCAAGAAAAUAUAAAAUGCAGACAAAAUGGGAUGUGAUUUAGUGAUAACGGGAGGGAGGGGGAGUGUAGGGGGAGGCACCAAGAAAGAAAAGAAAAACGAAAAAAAAAAUCUGCGUGAAAACACCUUCUAGCCACUAAUAAGAAACAAUGCGACCAAGCACAUGAGAGGGGCUUAAAUGCAUUGCAUUUUGAAUGUGUUUAGGUUGUUUUUCAGCUUUAGGGAUUUCUAACAAACGUGAAAUUACGCGCGAGAGCUGUUGAUGCAAAAAGGGAAAGCCCCCACUGCCGGAAGAUUGACUGUUUGAUUUGAGGUUAAAUAUUUUAUUAUUUACAAUUCAGCCAUGUGCGGCCGAACCAUCCAAAUGCUGAUUUUCUCAUCCCUCAUUCUCAGUCUCGUUGUUCUUAAAGAUGAAAGAAAAACACAGUUCUUUACUAUCAUUGGCUGCCUUCCUUAUAGGGAAGGCAGAAAUGCAAUCAGGUUCUCUGAAAUCUCGCUUCCUUUUUAUUUCCUAAACGCAUCAUCAUCAUCAUCAUCAUCUCACCGUUCUGAAUGUAGCCUCUUUUUUUUAAUAUGGCCGCUCUCGGCGUAGUAGCAGGCUAUCCCAGACCUGUUUAAUGUAGCCCCCACCCAUAGCAGUACCAACUCAGACUCAAGCCUACACGCCUUUAAAUCAAGUGGUCGAGAAGCACCUACACGUAUAGGCAUUUUAAGUGAAUGUGUGGAUGUUUUUAAUGGCAGUUGCAGGACGCGCUCUGCUAAUUGGUGUGCUUUUCUGUCCACGACAAAGAGAGGCCCCAGCUUAUAGGGUGAGCCAGAUCACAACAAACCCAAAGCCCCGUGAAUGAUGUCAGCCUCCUCCACAAGCACAGCAAAGGGCGCAUUCAUUCAGAGGAUUGAAGAAACUAUGUAAUACGUGAUUGUAUAGAGAGAGAGAGAGAGAGAGUGGGGGGGGGGGGGG